GAACUAACUAUAAGUUGGUAUUUGCAUGAGGAGGAGAAAGAUGGGUGCAAUUCAUGUAGGUGAGUCAAACCCUCGGGUGGGCUUCCAAACACAAGGGAAGGGCCAUGGCCAUGUGGUUGAGGAGAUUGAGGGGCUCAUAAGGCUCUACAAGGACGGCCGCGUCGACCGCCUCCCCGCCGUCGCCGACGUUCCGUGCACCUGGGCCCUCGGGCCCGAUCUCAUGAGCUGGGACAGUGCUCUCGACAACUCGACCACCGGAGUUUGGGCGCGGAUAUACGCGCCCAAACUCCUGGGGAAGCUUCCUCUCCUUGUUUACUUCCACGGCGGGGGAUUCUGCGUCGGCUCCGCCGCCUGGAGCUGCUACCAUGAGUUCUUGGUUCAGUUAGCCACGACGGCUGGCUGCGUUAUCGUGUCGGUGAACUACCGGCUCGCUCCGGAGCACCGCCUGCCCGCAGCGUACCAGGACGGAAUCGCCGCGAUGACGUGGGUCAGGCAGCAGGCGAGCGGCGGGUGGUGGCGGAGCCACGUCGACUUCGACCGAGCGUUCCUCUGCGGCGACAGCGCGGGGGCGGCGGUGGCGUUCAAUGUCGCGGUGCAGCUAGGGCCGUCGGCCGGGCUAAGAGGGCUCAUCCUGAUCCAGCCCUUCUUCGGCGGGGAGUCGCGGACCGCGUCGGAGCGGAAUUCGGUCCAAUCCGCAGCGCGGUCGGCGCUCACGCUGGCCGCGUCGGACGCCUACUGGCGGAUGGCGCUUCCCGCGGGGGCGAGCCGCGAGCACCCCUGGUGCAACCCCUUGUCCAGGGGCUCCCCAUGGGUGGAGCAGCUGAGGAUCCCUCCUAUGCUUGUGUGCAUAUCUGAGAUGGAUAUAUUGAAGGAUAGGAACCUGGAGUUUUGUAAAGCAUUGAGGGGAGCAGGGAAAAGUGUGGAGCAAGUAGUGUAUGGAGGAGUGGGGCAUGCUUUUCAAAUCCUGCAUAAUUUUUAUCAUCUCUCUAAGCCCAGGACCCAUGAACUGCUAACACAUAUCAAAGGCUUUGUUAAUAGCAGAUGAAAGAUUAGGAUAUGUGUAGAUUAAUUAUAUUACAAUGUUAUUAAUUGUAGCUCAGGGCUUUUGUACCAAAAAUGCUUUAUCAAUUCCAUGA